GGAAUCAACGCUCUGUUGAUUUAUCAAAAAGACAAAGUAGUUUUAAUAAAUUGAUUGACCGGUACCAGUACAUGUAACUACUCGGUAGUCACACCCAGUACCUCAAGAUCACUUCACAGAGUCAGACGUGGGUGUCCAGAUGGCGUUAGUCCUUUCAUAAUAUUGUACCACUGCCUAGCUGUGUGUCGAUGUGUAUACAUGUGUAAGUCUAUUUAUAUAGAGAGGUACGAUAUACACGUGUAAAUACGUAGUAAGCUGUCGCUGUAUCUCGAUUGCUCUGCUAGCUAGUCACAAUCGUGUUAUUAAUGUGUGACAUUACGGGUAGAUAUAUGGUCUCGGGAGUAUUGUACAUGAGGAGAUAUAUUUGAUAGCAAAUAUAUGGCAAAGGAGAAGUCGGUGAGGCGUCGGCGGAGACCACGUGACAAUGAAGACUACUCCGCCGACAUGUACAAUGCUAUAACGGAGGACGACCCAGACAGACUCGCGCGUCUUCUUGAUGAGGGUGCCGACGUGGAUCAUAUGUUCUUUCACGGUAUGAUUUUCGUCAGCUCCAAGCCUGUGCUUACAAUAUGCUGUGAGAAAGGACGGGAAGCCUGUGCCAAAGUAUUAAUAGAUCACGGUGCCGAGGUGAAGCGACCAGAUAAGUGGGGUCUCACUCCACUCAUGUACUGCAUGACUCUCCAAUACAUUGAUAUCGCACAACUCUUGCUUCAACGUGACCCAAGUGUCGUGAAAUGCCAGGACCACAAGGGUAGAACUGCACUGCAUUUCGCAAUUGAAACCGGAAAUGUUGAACUCGUUAAAAUAUUGAUAGCUUCCGAUGCGGAUGUGAAUGCACAGGAAAGAUUCGGCAUGACACCUUUGAUGAUGGUCUGCUCAUCUGAUUUUCAAAAUGAGGCAAUAUUACUGGACUUUCUGUUGAAGGCGUCAGCAGAUGUUAAUAAAAUGUCAUUUCGAGGAAAAAGGACAGCUUUGCAGUUUGCUGCGGCAGCUAAGCGUUCCGUCCUCGUCGAAUGUCUUCUGAACGCGCGAUCUGACCCUAACACCGUGGAUGUCUAUGGACGAACACCACUGACAAACUUGAUAUGGGAACACGCACGAGGGAAAGAACAAGUCGACUCAGAAACAAUGUCUAUCAUACAGAUCCUUUUAUUGGCCGGAGCGGACUUGAAUCUUGAUCUUACUGACAACUGUAACCCGGUAUUCGUGGCAUCACAAUGCGCAUGUCCGUUCCUUGUGCAAUACUUCCUGGAAAAGGGAUGUCAUCCGGGAAAAACAUCCAUGCUUAUGGCGGUAUCAAAGGGAGAUCACUCGUCGGUGAUGGCGCUGCUGAACUGGGGGUUUGACGUAAACAUGGAGGGAACAUUGGGGCCGUCUAAAUAUCUGACUAAUCCAAUGAUACUUGCAAUAGAACUAGGGCACUGGUCCAUUGCAUACAUGCUUGUCACUGCGGGCUUCAAUAUGUACAAACUCAACAUUUUCAGGGGAGACAACCAUAUUCCGACGUCCUUGUUGAACAGUGUAAAUGUCCUACAUCAUCUCAAAGAACUUGCGAGUGUGCCAAAGACCCUAUUCCAUAUGUCUACGCUUACGAUUUGGAGAACACUCAGGAGUAACAUCGAUGUGAAAAUCUCGCAAUUGCCACUGCCUCUACGGCUACAGAAGCUGAUAUGUACACAGAUAUUCCUUCUCUACACAGAGUCACUUUACACCUUUUGAACCCGGUUUCAAGUUCUGAAUUUGAUUAAUUCCAGUAAAAUACCUCUGACAAUGUACCAGGAAAAUAAGACCGAUGCGUCAUCGAAGGCAACCAUCAUUCAAAGCAUGGUAUUGAACACGUCUGACUCUGAUUGUUAUAUACACAGUCGUACGCACAAGCCACACCUUUUUACAAUUUUUACAAGAUUACACAGUAUGUUUCUUAUUUAAAGAUUAUAGAAGGUAAUGGCGUGUCUAUCAUUGUGAUAUUUUACAAUAUUCUUCGCUUUGUAGAUGCGGUAGGGCGCCAGAAUUGUACAUACUGCCCCUAUUACAUGGUUGUAUGAGGCGACUAAAUUUGAGAUUUUUUCGUUUCUCUUCUUUCCUAACAACUUUCUUUUUCCUAAUAUCUCCCUUGACAAUGCCUCACUUUUGGCCUUUAGUUGAACGUUCGCCACUGUGAGGAAGGCUUUUGGUUCUGUCCACAUAUUCUUUUAAAAUGGUAAUUGAUACUCCUGCUUAGCUCUCAGCAUUUUGGUAGUGUGACGACUGAUUUACUCGCUGUCAAAAGUUCUGUACUUAACACGAACAUGCCGCAGCCUCCCAAAACACAUACCCCCUCACCACACGCAUGCAUGUCGCACGCACAGGAAGCUGUUCUUAAAUUACCUGUUGAUAGGACGUUUAACAAUAAUCUCCAAACCGAACUUUUUUUAUGACACAUUUUGUUAGAAAAGUUGUGGUAUAUGCAUACAUUCCUUACUUAAGGUCUAUCUCGGGUGACAGUGUCAAUAUACCAUUUUAAACGAACUGAAUCAAUUGUUUAGCAAAGGCGCUAAGAUGAAAUAAGCGAUUUCGUGUUUUAUAUGGUUAUUACAAAUGUGGCGAACUUAAUUUGAUCUAUUCAUAAGAGUGAUUUAGUAAUCAAUAUAUCUUGAUAUAUUCUUUUAUUUUGUUGUCUGUUUAUUUUGUUGUCUGUCGCUGCUAAGUCCACUUUACAGUACAUACUGUACUUUCUUUCUCCUUUAGUUCCGUUUCAUUUUGUCUAUUAUUUGUAACAGAUAUUGCAGCAUAUUCAUUGUAGUAUGUUUUCUAUUAAUCAUGUGUAUAUAUCUGGUUUUGAUAGUUCGACUGUUAAGCUUCUCAAUAUUCUCAUUAACGCAGCAUGAUGGAACAGAUUUCCUUAUGUUUGCUCUGUUAUUUUCUGCUUUAGUAUUAAAAUAUUGUUUUUCCUGCUUUUCUUCAACCCAAUUGUCCGAUACGUUUAGUUAAACCACAUUUCAGAAAAGAGCUGUACUAAUUACAAGGAUUAUUUUUUAUUUAUUUUAUUUUUAAUUUUGUAUGAAUAUUUCCGAAAAUGCUUUUAUUUCAAUGCAUUUGACUUAUCACAUGUUUCUCUCAGACGCAAAAUGUUUGACCAAGGUUUUAGGUUCGUUCUUUGAGUAGGGCUUGGAAAGUUAUAUGUCAAUAUUAUUUCCCUGCAAAUCUGAACCAGAGCAUAGUAGCAAUUUAAUUGCAUAUUUAGUUGUUUAGUUAGGUAAGAAAAAUCGACCCAUGAGCGUAUAGCUUAUCAUUUGAGGAUGAAAAACCGGUAUUUCUCAAACUAGGUGUAGGUUACCAUUGGUCUAUAUUUGUACCGAUUCUGAAACUGAUCCAGAAAAUCUUUAUGGCCGACAGGUGGCCAUUUUCGAUUUUGACUGUUGAAUAUUGUUAUAUCUUGUUUUUGAGGUUCAUCUCCGCCUCCUAGCAAUCUCUCGUCAUGAUGAUUAAUGGAUUAAAUAUGUGUCUGUACUGUUA